GUACCUAUUAGAAGUCAGUAACGUGUCAAAUAGAAACGUCAGAAGUAGAAAUAAAAUUAAACAAAAACAUUUAUAAUGUAAUUUAAGUAUUUAUGUGAAAUAUGAAAAUCUAACAUACCAAUAUGGAUUCUUCGUUAGAAAUAAGGAAAUUACUACCUAGUCAUGUACGAGAAUUAGCGUCGAUUCUAGAAACUCAUGAUUUAUGGAAAAGACUAAUGAGUAUAAUUCCAAAAACAUUAGAAAAAACGAAUUAUAAAUGCGAUUUGACACCACAGAAUCAACAUAAAUAUAUUUCAAGACAUUUCAGUUUGAUUGAAAACGAAUCGAAAAAAUCUAAAAGAACUUGUACAGAAAUUUUAUUUGAUGAAUGGGGAACAUCAGGUAGAGUACGACCUGCUCUAGGACAUCUUUUGUAUCUCCUAACCAAGGCAAAUUUAUAUAGAGCAGCAGAUUAUGUCGCUGUUAAUCUGCUUCAACAAGAAAAACCUUGUAGACCAGACGUUGGUCCCGAAGCUGAAAUAACCGUCGAUUUAAGUCAACUAAUCAAGGAGAAGGAAAAGGAUGAGGAAAUUGAGAAAAUUUUAGAUAAUGUGAAUUAUGUUGCGGAAGCGGUUACAUUAAUAAGAACGCACUCAAAUAAAAUUCCUAAAAAAGAUAAUAAUAUACCUAAAAUUGUCAUCACGCCGGAUGAGGAAGAAAUAAACAGUACAAUAGAAUCCAAUACACCAAAAGAAAUUUCAGAUAUGAUAGAAUUUUCCAAUACGGAUAAUCCAGUGGAUGUUAAUAUACCGAAUCUCUCGCUGAUAAUGAAAUCAAAUGGUGAAAUAACAAAUGGGAAUUCAGAUGUCACGAACAGCAUAUCAAAUAGUUAUUCUCAAACUACUAAUAGUUCCGAUUACUCUUAUAAUGAUACCUACAAUCCGGCUUUCAGUCAAAUAUUAGAUUCUACUGUUCGAGUUGAUGGGGAAAUAAAGGAGAACAUACCCAAUUUACCGAUUUUGAAUAAUUCAAUCACAACAGAUGAAAAUAUUCAAAACAACCGGUAUGAAUUAUCAGAUUCCGUAUUACCAGAUUUCACUGUACUGCAUCAACAAUCGGAUAUUCCAUCCAAUAUACCAGAUCUGAGUAUGCUCCAAGUAAACAACUUAGCUACUCAAAACUCAAAUUCGACGAAUUUUUCUUUGGAAACAAAUUCGAAAAAUCGUUCUUGUUCUUCACCUCUACCGAAUUUAUCGUUAGAUACGGUACUUCCUCACUACUGUUACCAAAAUUUGGAAAUAUCCACGAAUAAUUUCAACGAUGGAAUAUACAGAGGGCAUAACUUUGAAGGAAGGUUGUUAGGUUCUGGUGAAUUCGGUACCGUUUAUCUGGCUACGGAUCUGUUGAAUGAACCGGUAGCCGUGAAGAAAUUGCAUAUAGGUGAUGUGGAAAUUGUUAACGUCGACGACGAAGUAACCAAACAAUUUAGAUACGAAGUCGAGGUAUUGAGUAAAUACAAACACGAGAAUUUAUUAUCGAUAUUGGGGUAUUCUUGUGAUGGAAGUACGUAUUGUUUGUUGUAUGAGUAUAUACCGGGUGGAGCGCUGAGAGAUCGACUACAGAACGCGCCUAAUGAACUUUCUUGGAAAUCGAGAUUAAACAUUGCAAUGGGAACAUCAAAAGCUAUAUCAUAUCUGCAUUCCGCAUUUCCCACUCCUUUGAUUCACAGAGAUAUUAAAUCUGCAAAUAUUCUUCUCGAUAAUAAUAAUCAACCAAAGUUGGGCGAUUUUGGAUUGAUCAAAUUGAUACCGAACCAAAAAAAUAACACAGCGACUACCGUAUUCGGUACUUCCGCUUAUAUGCCUCGGGAAGCUUUCGCAGGUGAUAUUUCCGUCAAAUUAGAUACGUUCAGUUUCGGUGUCGUUUUAUUAGAACUUUUGACGUCAUUACCGCCCAUUGGCAACGGCGAAGACGGGGCUGAUUUGGUGACGUACGUCGGCGAAACGAUUGAAGGUGAUGAUAUAUCGAAUUUGGUUGAUUACAAAGCUGGUUGUUGGACGGAGGGCGCGAUAAAUUACGCGAAAAAUUUUUAUAAAAUAGCCCAAAGUUGUUUGGAAGAAAAACACAGACGACCGACGAUGUUACAAGUGAAAGUACUACUCGACGAUCUCAUCAAAAAUAUUGAUCUUUGGUGAAAUAUCCCAAAUUGUCGAUAAAGCUAUGAAUUGAAUAUUUUUUUGUGUUAUCGACGAUUAAAAUGCCUCUAUUUUUUCUAAUUGAAAUAAUUUGUGAUAAAAUAUUGUUAAGUAAAAAAAAAACUUAUUUUUAUUUUGUUAUAAAGUGAUUUAAAACUUGGAAUUAUUCAAUAUAUUGAAAAAGUUUUAUUAUAAAAUUGUGAAAAAUAUAAAUUUUUGACGUUUUUUAAAAA